AUGAAAGCCAGCAGCCCUGUGAGAUCUAUGGCCAGCUGCUACCAGGCUGUGUGCUGCUUGUCUGAACAGAGUCUGAGCAUUGCCAGAAGCAGCAGUCACAAGGGAUCAGAAGAGACCAUGGGUCUACUCUAUGACACGAAUGACUGCUACUCCAAGCUUCAGGAGCUAGUGCCUGGGAUUCCUCAAGGGAGCAAGCUCAGCCAAGUAGAGAUCCUACAACAUGUCAUUGACUACAUCUUCGACCUGCAGAUAUUGUUGGGUGAAGAACAGAACAGCUCCAUCCUCUCCUUACAGAUAUUAGACUUCUCAGAGAUGACAACAAAAAGAGAUGCCAGCAGCAUUUGCCACGGACCAUGCCAACAGCCAUGGUGUGGGAAGAAAAAAAAUAAUACUUCUUUCCAUGAAACAACAGAUUUGAAGAUGGAAGAAUUUAACUCUUUCAGCAAUAAAGAAAAAUUUAUUAUUUUAUCCCACAAAAAGACUUCCCACAAAAUCCCACAAAAUUCCCUCAAACUCCAGUCAAAGACCAAACUUCUGAUCCCUAUGUCCACCUUCUUUUAUUCCACAGCCGAAUGCUGCAACACCCAUAGACCAAAUGUCUGA